AUGAAAACACAAAAAUACAAAUCAGAAAAACAUAAAAUACAAAAAUCAGAAUUAAUGAAAACACAAAAAUACAAAUCAGAAAAACAUAAAAUACAAAAAUCAGAAUUAAUGAAAACACAAAAAUACAAAUCAGAAAAACAUAAAAUACAAAAAUCAGAAUUAAUGAAAACACAAAAAUACAAAUCAGAAAAACAUAAAAUACAAAACAUUAUUUUUCAGAUAACUGACUUAAAAAUCGACAACAACCCCUUCGCCAAAGGUUUUAGAGUCAGCGGUGCUGGUAAACGAGAAAAGAAACGUUUAGCUAUACACAGGACAAACUCCUCUAGCAAUUCAGCUUUACAAAUUGCCAGAAUUUUGAGUGGAAAUAAUAGAAGCAAUUUAAAUUCUGAAGACGACAGUGAUGACGAUUUUGAAGAUAAUUUAGGGCCUACAAAAGCUAAAAGAGCAAAAAGUAAUUCUUCCAUAUCUUCUAAUUGUUCUAAUAAUGAAGGGGGAGGAGGAAUUAUUGAAAAUGGAAGAAAAAGAAUAUUUAAUUUAAACAAUAAUAAUAGAGAGAGGAUGACAACAACAACAACAACUUCUAUUGGAAGGGGAGGGGGAAUAAUGCACUCGUUGCCAGGAUUUCGACCUCAUUUACAAAUACCUACAAACAGUAACAGACCCCCACCACAACUACCUCCUCCACCUUUACAUCAUUUUCCUCUACCUCCCCAACAACAAUUAAUCUCUCCCUCUUUAAUUCAGCAUUUAUUAACCCCCUCAACAUCUUCCCUUUCUUCCUUAUUUCCAAAUCCUUAUCCACAACAUUUAACAAAUUUUCAAAAUUUUAAUAAUAACCAACAAUUGCCCCCUUCACUCAUUGUAGCUUUACAACAUAAAAUGGCCUAUGCAAAACAACAACAACAAUAUUUAAAUAAUCAGCAACAACAAAAUUGUUUAAAAAGAAUACAACAACAACAAACAUUAAUACAAAAUGGGGAACAACAAAAACAUUUGGAAGAACAAAAAUAUUUAGAAAAACAUCAGGAACAACAUCAAAAACAACAAAACAUUUUAGAAGAUAAACAUCAACAAGAACAACAACAAAACAUAGACCAACAAAAACAUCCAGAACAACAAAACAUUUUAAUAGAAGAAAAACAUCCAGAACAACAAUGUUUGGAACAACCAAAACAACAAAACUGCAUUUUAAAAGAAAAUACAAAAACAAAAACAUCCUCUUCUCCUAUUUUACAAAAACAACAACAAGAAACAUCUUCCCCUCUUGUUUCUAAAAGAUUUCAAUUUGAUGUAAACUCUUUGUUAGAGAAAAGUUGA